AUGACUGAACUCAUGGAAGAUGAUAAUGUUAUGAUGUCCCAGGCUGAGGACAGCGACGUAACUUCAAGCUUUACGGAAAACAAUAAUAUCGCUUCGUCCGAAAAUAAACAAGCCCAGUCUGUUAAUAAACAGAAAGAAGUUGAUGAUGAACUCCAAGAAAAAGGCAUUCAAAACAAAGAAUGUGAUAGCGGUAUUGAGAACGAGAAAGAGGCAAGUGGAAGCAUAAAUGUCUGUGAAGAAGGGAAACAGAAAUUUCGGGACGAAAUAAAAAAGCAAGUUGAACGUGGUGAAAACAAAGAAAAUCACAUGAAUGCUAGGACUCCAGACGGGGGGACAAUGCUACAACUUGCUGUUACAGAAGGUACGUUAGAAUUGGUGAAAUAUCUUGUUGAACAGGGCGCUGAUGUAAAUGGCCAGGGUACUGACGGGUGGACAGUGCUGCACGCUGCUGUUAAAAAAACUACUCCAGAAGUUGUAAAAUAUCUUGUUGAAAAUGGCGCUGUUGUAAACGGCAAGGAUACUACAGACGGCUGGACAGUACUGCACUAUGCUGUUUCUUAUAGUUCAUUGGAUAUGGUGAAAUAUCUUGUUGAACUGGGGGCAGAUGUAAAUGGCAAAAAGACCGAUGGGUGGACAGUGCUGCAUGAUGCUGUUACAAAAGGUACGCUAGAAAAGGUAAAAUGUCUUGUUCAAAUGGGCGCUAAUGUAAAUGGUAAGAGAAAUGGCGGGUGGAUGGUGCUUUACGAUGCUAUUUCUAAAGGUACGCUAGAAGUUGUAAAAUAUCUAGUAGAAAUGGGCGCUGAUGUGAAUGCCAAGGAUACCACUUACGAUUGGACAAUGCUUCACUCUGCUGUUACUGAAGGUACGCCAGCAAUGGUAAAAUAUCUUGUUGACAUGGGCGCUAAUGUAAAUAGCGAGGAUAGUAGGGGAUGGAUGGUGCUGCGCCAUGCGAUUUUUAAAGGCACACUAGAAAUAAUAGAGUAUCUUGUUGAACAUGGCGCUGAUGUUAAUGACAAAAUUCAAAUGCCAUCAGUUCUGCACUGUGCACUGUGUGUUACUCAAGAUACUUUAGAAAUAGUAAACUGCCCUGUUGAGAAGAGCGCUGAUGUCAAUUGUAAGAAGACUACCGGGGAAACAGCGUUGCACUCUGCUUUUUCUAAAGGCAGGACAGAUAUAGUAAAAUAUCUUGUUCAGAGGGGCGCUGAUGUAAAUGUCAAGAAUACUUACGGGAAGACAGUGCUUCACUCUGCUGUUACUGAAGGUAACUUAGAAAUUGUGAAAUAUUUUGUGGGAAACGGCGCUGAUAUAAAUGUUAAGAAUACUCACGGAAGGACAGUGUUGCACAGUGUUGUUCUAAAAGGUUUGUUAGAAAUGGUAGAAUAUUUUGUCGAGAAUGGCGCUGAUGUAAAUGCUAAGGAUACUCAAGGGAAGACAGCGCUGCACUCUGCUGUUUCUGAAGUGUUGCACAGUGCUGUUGUAAAAGGUUCGCUAGGAAUGGUGGAAUAUCUUGUUGAGAAGGGCGCUAAUGUAAAUGCUAAGAAUACUCACGGGGAGACAGUGCUGCGUUCGGCUGUUACUGAAGGUACCUUUGAAAUGGUAAAAUAUCUUCUUGAGAAGGGCGCCGAUGUAAAUGCUAAGGAUACUCAUGGGGAGACAGCGCUGCACUCUGCUGUUUCUGAAGGUAGGCUAGAAAUAGCAAAAUAUCUUGUGAGAAAUGGCGCUGAUGUAAAAGGAAAAAAGAACAGCGGAUGGACAGUGUUGCACAGUGCUGUUGUAAAUGGUUCGCUAGAAAUGGUGAAAUAUCUUGUGGGAAGUGGCGCUGAUGUAAAUGUAAAAGAGAAUAGCGGAUGGACAGUGUUGCACUCUGCUGUUUCUAAAGGAUACUGA